UGACAGUUCAAAUAUGCGCAGUUGGGGCGCCAUCAUCGCCGCGGCGGCGGUGGCGAUCGGCGGUGUUGUCACGAACGCGCUGCAUUGGACGGAGAAGCAGCACCUCCAGGAGAAGGCCAAGGAAAUGUUCUUUCAUGGAUACAACUCUUACAUGACGCAUGCAUACCCGUGGGACGAACUCAAACCACUGAGCUGCGAAGGACGAAGGUGGGACCGCAAGGAGCGCGGCGACCUUGACGACGCGUUGGGAGGCUUUGCCUUGACGCUCAUAGACUCGCUGUCCAUGCUGGCCCUUGUGGACGCCGUGGAGUUCGAGGCUGCCGUCACCCGUGUGAUCCACACUGUGUCGUUCGACCGAGAUGUGACUGUGUCCGUCUUUGAAUCGACCAUUCGGGUCAUUGGCGGACUCUUGUCUGCGCAUAUGCUGGCAACGUCAGGCGCCGUGGGCUCCAUGCACUUGGCAUAUCAAGGAGAACUACUCGACUUGGCCGUGGACUUGGGCACGAGGUUGCUUCCUGCCUUCAACACCAAAACUGGUCUGCCCGUCCAUCGGGUGAACCUAAUGCAUGGUAUGAUGCGAAACGCACCUGCACUCACGUGUCCUGCUGCUGCUGGCUCGUUGCUGCUCGAGUUUUCCGUUCUAUCCAGACUGUCCAACAUUCCUGACUUUGAAGAAGUGGCGCGAGACGCAGUGCUGGGUCUGUGGGAUCGCCGGUCGGACCUGAAUUUGCUCGGCAGUACCAUCAAUGUCAACACGGGCGACUGGGUGCACACCCACACUGGCAUCGGUGCAGGGCUGGAUUCGUUCUACGAGUACCUGCUCAAGUACUACAUUUUGUCUGGGGACAGCGACUUUCUCGACAUGUUCAACAAAAGUUAUGUGAGCAUUGAAACCCACCUGUUGCAUCGCGACGGGUACCACCGCGAAGUGGACAUGAGUCUCGGGCACAUAUAUUCGAACCGCGUGUCUGCUUUGCAAGCGUUCUGGCCCGGGCUGCAAGUGCUGGCGGGCGAUCUCUCGGCCGCCGUGCGGUCCCACCACCAGUUGUUCGACCUAUGGAACGAAUUCGGGGCGCUGCCAGAGCUCUACGACAGGUCGGGCAAAGGGUCAGUGAUCCACUGGGCGCAACACUACCCCCUUCGCCCGGAAUUAGCCGAAAGCACAUAUCACUUGUACGCAGCCACAAAAGACGAAAAGUACCUCAAAAUCGGCCGCAAGUUGCUCCAAGAUAUUGAAGACACGUCGCGCGUAUCGUGUGGUUAUGCCGCGGUGGGCAAUGUACACGAUAAACGACUGGAGGAUCGCAUGGACAGCUUCUUCUUGAGCGAAACAGUCAAGUACUUGUACUUGCUCUUCAGCAACGACACGAGCGUGCUCAUUCCCAAGCACGCGACCAACCAAAACUCGCUUUCUGCGUCUCAUGUGCUGUUUACCACGGAAGGCCACUUGUUCCCCAUCGUCCCAUCCUUGUACCAAGACGCCACGUCCAAGCGGCGCAAGUUUGUCCGACAGGCGCAUCAGCAUCGCACGUGUGCGGCACCCCAACACUCGGCGCUCACGUCCAAGAAUGCCCACUUGGACGCCGCCGUGACCAUCCGCCUCGGCGACGUGCACCUCAAGACGUUGUCGGCCUCGCCAGCUCAAUUCGGCUACAAGUUGUCGAAUGGCCGCGUGGACGGAGCCUUAUAUGCAGCGUUGGACGACGUUCAAACGGCGUGCCGCGACUUGUCUGCCCUGGAGGGUUCGAUCAGAGGCAAAAUUGUGCUCGUGAAGCGCGGCAAGUGCUCGUUUACGCGCAAAGCCAUGCACAUCCAGCAGAUGGGGGGCAUUGGCAUGAUCGCCGUCAACUCCAAGCCCACCACCGCCGCCAACGCCCAUCGGCUGUACAGUUUGUCGGACGACGGGGCCGGCCAUCACGUGACGAUUCCUGUCGUGAUGAUCUCCAAGCCGGACGGCCAACACCUCCAACACAACGUGGCCCAUCGCGACGGCGAUCUCGUCGUGUCGCUUUCGAUGCUGCUGGCAUAACCAUGUACUACUAACUCUACUAGACACACAGAAAGAUCUGACGAAAUAAUACACUCGUGACUUUCUAACGUU